UUCUUUGCUAACAUAUCACUGAUAUUUCCUCCUUGCACAGUGCCCCACACCAAGAGGCAGCAAAUGCCCAACAGCAGCUCCAUGGCCCAGUUCCUGCUGCUGGCAUUCUCAGACAGGCGGGAGCUGCAGCUGCUGCACUUCUGGCUCUUCCUGGGCAUCUCCCUGGCUGCCCUCCUGGGCAACGGCCUCAUCCUCAGCGCCGUAGCCUGCGACCAGCACCUGCACACCCCCAGGGACUUCUUCCUGCUGCACCUCUCCCUCACAGACCUGGGCUGCAUCUGCACCACUGUGCCCAAAGCAAUGCACAACUCCCUGUGGGACACCACAACCAUCUCUUACACAGGAUGUGCUGCUCAGCUAUUUUUCUUUCUGUUCUUCCUUACAGCAGAGUAUUUCCUCCUCACCAUCAUGUGCUACGACCGCUACGUUGCCAUCUGCAAACCCCUGCACUACGGGACCCUCCUGGGCAGCAGAGCUUGUGCCCACAUGGCAGCAGCUGCCUGGGCCACUGGAUUUCUCACUGCUCUGCUGCACACAGCCAAUACAUUUUCCCUGCCCCUGUGCCAGGGCAAUGCCCUGGGCCAGUUCUUCUGUGAAAUCCCACACAUCCUCAAGCUCUCCUGCUCACACUCAGGCUACCUCAGGGAAAUUGGGCUCAUUGUGGUUAGUGUGUGUUUCUUGUUUGUCUGUUUCAUUUUCAUAGUUUUCUCCUAUGUGCAGAUCUUCAGGGCUGUGCUGAGGAUCCCCUCUGAACAGGGACAGCACAAAGCCUUUUCCACGUGCCUCCCUCACCUGGCUGUGGUCUCCCUCUUUAUCAGCACCAUCAUUUUUGCCUACCUGAAGCCCCCCUUUAUCUCCUCCCCUUGCCUGGAUCUGGCCCUGUCAGUUCUGUACUUGGUGGCGCCUCCAGCACUGAACCCCCUCAUCUACAGCCUGAGGAACCAGGAGCUCAAGGACGCCAUAAGGAAAAUGAUGCCUGGAUUUAGAGGCAAUAAAAAAAUGCAUCUUUUCUUUGGGAAACAUUCAGAAUGUAAAUCAUUAUAAUCUAAGCCUUUUUUCUUUAUUAUUGUUUUCAUUUUCUUUUAACUUUUUUAAUAUUUUCCACCAGUCAAUUGCAUUACUCAAAGCAUUUCUA